AUGCCCGUACAACUUUUAUCAGCGGAGUCGCUCUACAUAGGAAUGGAGGUGCUGAUUGCAGUGGCGUCUGUAAUCGGUAACGUGAUGGUGGUUUGGGCGGUGAAAAUUAAUAAGUCGUUGCGAGAUAACACGUUUUGUUUCAUCGUCUCCCUGGCUCUGGCGGAUAUUGCAGUGGGAGCCCUCGUCAUCCCUUUGGCCAUUACUAUCAGCAUCGGACUCCAAACUCACUUUUACAGCUGCCUGCUCGUAGCGUGCACGGUGCUGGUGCUGACGCAAAGUUCAAUCCUGGCCCUACUGGCUAUUGCAAUUGACCGCUAUCUCAGGGUCAAGAUCCCGACCAGGUACAAGCGAGUGGUGACCCCUCGGCGAGCGGGGCUGGCAGUGGUGAUAUGCUGGAUGGUGGCCUUCAUCGUGGGGCUCACCCCCAUGUUAGGCUGGAACAACCUGAAGCGCCUCCAGCAGAAUGGCUCCAUCAGCUCUGAUCUCAUUAUCACCUGCCAGUUCGAGACCGUCAUCAGCAUGGACUACAUGGUAUAUUUCAACUUUUUCGGCUGGGUGUUGCCGCCGUUGCUGUUCAUGCUGGUCAUCUACGCAGAGAUCUUCUACAUGAUCCACAAGCAGCUUAACAAUAAGAAGUUCACCACCAGUCACACAGACCCCAACAAGUACUAUGACAAGGAGCUGAAUCUGGCCAAAUCUCUGGCUCUGGUUCUUUUUCUCUUUGCCAUCAGCUGGCUCCCCCUCCACAUCAUCAACUGCAUCACGCUUUUCUGCUCUUCUCAGUGUGAGAAGCCCAUGGUCCUCGUCUACAUUGCCAUCCUGCUCACUCAUGGCAACUCUGCUGUCAACCCAAUUAUCUACGCUUUCCGUAUUAAAAAGUUCCGCAUGGCCUUCAGGAAAAUCUGGCAGCAAUACUUCUGCUGCAAGGACACACCAGCUCUGGAGAUUCAGCCCAGCGACAGGAAAGAGAUGCCCAAUCCAGAACCACAGCAGGCUACACCACCACAGCCCCCUCAGAAGGAAAUCCAAAAAUCUAAUCCUCAACAGCCAACACCACCUGAGCAGCAGCAGCAGCUGGACCAUAGGACCGAACCACCCCAACAAUCUAAAGAACAUCCGCCCUUACCGGAGCACAAUGCAGUCUAAGCCAAGGAACAGAGUUGAUCGCUGGCUGGGAAAGUAAUAAGCACUGGUUCUCUCCUCAUUUGAAUGUAGUCUAAUGAGGAGCAUCAUGUCUUACAAUGCUCUAGUGACUGAGGCGAUCAUUUAUUCAAAUACUGGAAGAUCAUUUAUCUUUACUCAGGAGGAGUGGAUUUAGUGAGCAAAAAAUGUUAUCUGAACAAAAGGUUAUCUAUUAACUUGCAAUAAUGGAAAUCUUUUUGAAAGUGACUGUCUAAGUAACAGACUAAAGACAAGCUUUUAACUGCUCAUUAUGAUCAAACAGUUGGUGUGAACAUCACAAAAUGUGCAAUAUAAGUUAUUGUGGUUGGUCAGUAUCAGAUUAUCAAAUGUUAUACCUUGCUAAAGAAUGAAAGUUUAUACGUUCAAAAGAGCAGGUUCAUCUUACUACUGUAAUACUGUGUGUAUGUUUAAACUGACGGUGGCUGAAGAAUAUGAAUGUAAUGGUAAUGUAAAUAAGAGACUACAGCAGCACAGCUUUGAACGCUCAUCUCUUCUUCAGGGUCUUAAUUGCACAACAGUGGUAGCGCAAGCAGAACUAUGGGAGAGAUUUUUGCAGCAACGCUGUGUGUGUGUGCUGAUAGAAGGGUUUUGUAGUCUCUUAACUCUUCUCCACUAGAGCCGAGUCCCUCAGUGGACCCAGCAGCACUGAUCCAUUACUGAGGAGAUGGACAGGGAUAAGAAGCAAGCGGCUGGAGGAAAUGGGAGGUUUUAACCUUGUAGAAGCUGCGUGCAGGAGACUCGCAUCUACAGGACCACAGCUAGUCAUGUGGAAGAAAGACGAGAUGCACUUAAAGCUCAUGUUUAUCCAGCCUCCAUGCCAGCUGGUGCUGGAAGCUGGGUUUUCCUUCUUCUUUUUUCGCUAAAUGGACAUAUGAUAACCAUAACAC